AACCGCGCCAAAACUUUUUUCUUUUUUCGCGCGUUCAGUUUUUGACUUUUCAAAUUUGUUUUUAGAACGCUUCUGUAAAGAAACGCGCGAAGCGUUCGCUUAUUUGUUUUUACUGCGUUCCGUUUUGGAAUUAAACCACAAAUAAAAUAUUUUAAUUUGUACUUUCUAUUUAUUUUUAAAUGUAUUUUUUCACGUGUGACGCACUAGUUACGGCCUUACGGCUUAGAUUAAUCUAUGCAGAAAGACUCAUUUAAUUCGCGGCGCUUCGUUACAUUUUAUAUAACACUAUAUGGUCGGUGAUCAAGAUUUGUUUUUAAAUGUAUUUAGUUUUAUAACGCCUGUGGACUGUGGCUAUCGUGUUUUUGUGAAAUUUGGAUGCUUUUGGUUUACAUUGACGUAUGUGAAGUGAUACAAAAUGGAACGAUACACAGUGACACGGAGAUCAUCUCGGAAGAAAAAUGAUGGAUUGUUAACUCGUUGGAGAAGGAAAUAUGUGACAGGUAUCCUGAAUAAGCGAUCGUGGAUCUCGAAUGGAUAUGACUUGCAUAAUGCCAGUUAUGUGAUCAACAGGCGGUACUCAAAGGGCAAGAUGUCACCCGUAUGCCACAACUUCGUUCAGAAUGCGUGGAAAAAGGAUUUAUGCUCAAACUGCUUCAAAUCUAGAGAGGAACAUGUCAAGAACGACAAAGUCACGGAAAACAGCAAAUACUUAGCGACGACAUUCCAAAACAAAACCACAUUCUUCAAAAAGACACCACCGAGUAUACUUAAGACUCAUCCAAAGAAGAAAAACAAAAGAAACGUUCGAUUUCCCGAGGAAGUAUGCAGCGUUAUAGGGUUUGGAGGUGACGACUGGUCAGAUGGUGAGGAAUUCGAAGUAUCUGAAGAUAAUGAUGACGAUGACACUUUCCCCGAUACAGAAGAAGAAAGAGAACUUCAUAAAAUAACUAAAACUAACACAGAUUUCAACACCGUUAAAGCCAAUUUGUUAGGCGAUUCCGUAAGCAAGUCGUAUUCAUCAUUAUUAUUAGGUAAGAUGCAAACGGACUCUGAUGGUAAAAAGAAAACUUUAUUAGUGUCUGUGACUCCUUUUGGUCAAGAAAAUAAAGGCCCGUGUGUUAAAUCACACAUUCGCAAAUCUAAUGAGCAAGAAAAUUCUGAUGACUCGUCAAGUUACAAAACUAACAUUGUCUUAGCGUCAUAUGUCAAGGAAACAGAAACAAUAAUCGGGGCAGAUAGUGCCAUGAGUACAAUUUGCACGGAAAAGUCUCUUUUAGAAGAAAUAUCUGAAACCCUGGGGCCGAAAUAUAUAACUAACAGCAGCAGUCCUGGUUUGCAAAAUAAUUCUACAAAACCAACCGUGAUCGAUGAAAAAAUGAAAGAAAGCAUGCAAGAUGAUAAUGAUAAGAAAGAGAUGUGUGAAACUAAGAAAAAUACUAUUGUUAGAAAGUCACCUUUAUUGAAGACUCAAGAAAGGCCCAAAGUAAAUCUCAGUCGAUCAGAAUUCAAGUUUUGCAAGAUAAACAUUGAAAAUAGCAGUGUUGACUCAGCGGUAAGCACUUUGAAUUCUACUACAAACAACUCGUUAGCAUCGGACGAUGAAAGCUUUAGUGGACGGACAGACUCAGAUAACGACGAUAGCGGACAUUUCUCGGAACCACAUAAGAAUGAAGAAACAGUCAAGAUAAAGGUGUUUAAUGAAGCCGAUAAAAAUAUCAAAAUGUCACCGAUCGGACAACUUAGAAAGGUAGAUGGACAGGCCAGUACUGGUUACUCAACAUUCCAAGGUCCAAUACUUGAUAUGCCACCGAUAUUACCCAAACAACCUGAAAGUGUUUUCUCAGCUGAAGCUAGUCGAGAAUCGGCUGGUGAACCGGAUGGAAGAGCUGAUCCAGAUGAAGUGAAUGAAGCACCAGCCUUGCCUAAAAGCCCCAUUCCUAUUAUGGAUCCACGCCCUUCAUUCCUUCACGGAAUGAUUACGGACAUAAUGCCAGUGCCUAAACCAGCCGUCCCGGAAAAACCAAAACUACCAGUAAAACCAGUGAUAAAACAAACAACAAAGAAAACUUCAAUCGUGUCUCAUCAACAACCAAUAAUUAUGCAUUUACAACACACACUUAAAAAAGACGAAGAUAAGGUCAUUAGGAUGACUGAUGAAAAGAAUAACGAGAUAACUGAAGUUCAUGAAGAGAAGCCAGAUCCGGUCUAUUAUGCUAAACCAGUGCUAACAAAACAAGAUAGUGACACAUCCUUGCAUAGUUUAAGCAAACGGAAAGCGCCUACGCCACCAUUAUCCCCAUCCGUAGAAGAAUAUGCUAAUAACUUGUACCAAAGAAAUCCUAGUGGAUUUACGAAGUCGGAUUCGCCAGUUGUAAGAGAAAUGGAAAAGAGAGAAAGAGCUACGCUGUCAUCUUUUCCUAAAUCCAAACCAGUCGAGGAAACUCCAGAAAUCAAAAAGACAGACACAAUACCAGAACCUGCGCCGCGAAGAAAUAUUUCUUUGUCCCAUGAUAACUUACUUCUCGAUGAAAAACGUAAAGGCAAAUAUAAAUUUUCAAUAAAAAAGCUACUGCGCAUAGGUUCGUCUAAAGAUUUAGACAAGAAAGAACUUAGUAUCGCUACGGUAGCCAAAGUGUCUUCUAAAAUUGAGGAAUCUAUCUACGAUUUGACGCCAAAACCAAAACCACGUCUCGUCAUCAUACAUCCUUUAGACAUAAACGGAUCUAAUGUAGAGGUUGUCAAAACGAGUGAAAAUUCGGACACGCGAAGAGUUAGUCAUGAUGAUGUGUCAUCAAUAUACAGUGUCACUAGUUCUACAAUGGAUAUAGAUAUUCCAAAAGUUACGAACAAACCCCCUCCCCCUCCUAGACAAUCUAGCGACGAUUACAAGACUGCUGCGAUCGUGCCAAAACCCGCCAGACCACCUCCGCCGAAAUCCAUCGCUCUGCAAAAGAAACAGAAACAACAAGCUUGGGCAACCACACCUAAUAAGGGAGACAGCAUUUAUGCGAAUUUAGGAGAAAUCCGAUCGGCACUUGCUCCUAGGAAGCCUGAGCGAACUGCGAGCAUGCGAGAACGUGAAGCACAUUUAGAGCUACCUAAACGCAGAACUCCUAUCGACGACGACAAAGACGAAGUCGACGACGGGCCACAUGAGAUCGUACAAGCUACGAAUGAAGCUGUCAUACAUAACUAUGAUGAUGUUUAUAACUCUGCGAAAUACGAAGAAGAAAAUAGUGAUUCAGCUAAAAAUAGUGACAGUGAUUAUGAAUACGUUAAUCAUGCUCGAUCAAGUUCACCUGAAUGUGACGCAUCUAUCAAAACUAGGGAACCCAGUACCGACAGCCGUGUUGAGCCAAGGAAAGAAGAAGCGGAGACAUCUGAAUAUCCUAAAUACAGCACUGGAUUUAACAGAUCAUCUCUUCCGUACUGCGGAAGUGAGACAGAGUCGGAGAUAUAUUCUCCUUAUAGCUUUUACAGCUCAACCGAUGCCAUGGAUAGCCCUAGCAAUGAGGACUAUCCGGGCGAUAUGACGCCGAAAAACACGACGAAUAAACUACGAGUGAGGAAGGGACGGAGUGUUGUGCACAAAAACUUGGAAGACAACUACGGAGCUGUUGUCAUUGCCAAUCACGAGGCGCUCGCGCAAGUUCUAGAACAGGUCCAGCAAAGCGCCAGCAUGCAGCCCUCGCUCCGCGGCCUGAAGGCGUGCACCAACCUUCGCUGGAGCGACUUCUCCAUACAAUCCUCUGGCAAAUUCGUAAGAGCUGGCAAACGGAUCUUCCACCCAGCUGUAUGGUCAUCUUCCCAGGGCCCUGUGAACGUCACACUGAUGCUGUAUAAAGAGCAUAUGGCCUCUCAGAUGAUCUGCCAACAAUCGGUGCAGCCACAGUCGUUGAGUCUGAACGCCAUCACGGAGUUUUGUGACUUGGUGCCAUUGCAACAGUUUGGGGAAGAGAGUGAUGAUUUGGUUCAAGCCACCAUAGUAGUCCUUGCCCAAGCCCACGUGGACACGAUUCAGUCUUACGGAGAAAGUCUCCACGCCGCUGAAGGUCUCAGCACGAAAGACCAUCAACUGGUCCAUACAGAACAAACCCACGAAGCCAUAUUCAUGAUGUUACAACUUAUCAAUGGGUUGAAAUGCCUCCAAGCGCGGGGAUUGGAGGAAAUCCCAGAGAGCUUAUCCUCGUUUAUAGCCCUGAAAGAGGUUCAACCACUGGUGUCACAUGGAAGCACCAUGAAUCUGCCUUCGCCUGAUGAUAGACUGAACUCCCUGUGGGCGCCGAAGACUAAUUCUUAUGGAAGAUUGUGCAUAUUGCAGGGAUUGAGUGAAGAGAUCAACUGCAACAAAUCAGCAGAUGAGGACCUCAAUUCUCUAUGCAAAUGUGCCAUGAAGGCGCUGGAAAUUCUGCUACCGGGUGAGAAACUCACGCCUCUCCUUACAGAGGUCCUUCAAGACGAACGCGCAGUAUCCCUGAACCAAGCUAAGUCUGUCCUUGAGUUUAUGCUGUGGGGACCUUUGGAUGUUGUCCAAGGAGUCCCGGUUGUCGAGAGAGAAUUGUCUUUACAAAGGUGGUUAGACCUCGAACGGGCGACGGUUCUCCAUGGGCUGGUUAGAACGAGGGUCCAACUGAAUGUGUUUGAACAACUGCAUCUCUUGUUCUUAGUGAGGUCUACAGCUAAAGUAAUGUGCGACGCCUCUGUCCUUCUCGAGAAGGCGAAUGUGUAUUGAUUUGUAAAUGUUCAAUAAGCUUUAUUCGGAUUACUUUGUCUGUAUAAGGGUUUUGUUUUGUUUGCACAGAUGUAUCAUGGAAUUUGGGUUGUUUGAUAAAAAUAAUAGUUUUUGCUAACGUGAGGAAACGCUGUAUAAAUAUUUGACUUUAUAGAAGACUUUGUACGAAUUAAAAAUAUAUAUUCAAUAUUUCAACAUUAUUGUUAAUAAAAAUUUAACAUUUAACUUAUUCCCUUUUUCAUAUUUUUUGUUAUUAUUUAGAAUAUAAAGAAAAAAAUGAAUAUUUUAAAUUCAUGCAUCGCAGGCAUCGCGUCGGGAAUCAACAGACACAACGAGCAAAUAUAUUUAGAUUGAAAACAGAACUUAAAAACCCGUAUACAGAACUUAGGGAACCCCCUAGUUUUAAGAUCUUAGUCUAGUUUAGUUGGGCACCUGAAAAUUAUCUCUCGAAUUUGUCCUGACUGCAUUUAUAUAACUUCCCAAUAUUUAAAAGACAAUUUAUGUUAACUGUAAUAUUAGGCAUUUGUAACACUAACUAUUCAUUAUUCAAAUGUAAGAAUUUUGGACUUUGAAAUGAGUUGACGAUGGUUGACAAUAUACAAAUUUACCUCUAUAGGUCGAGAGAAUAAAAUUCAUAUAGGAAUUAUUAGACAAUUUACAGAAUCUCUUUCAGUUGUAAAUCGGUUCCAAAAUUGGAAUUCGUAAUUUUUCAUUGUCUAAAACUUAAAGGUUAUACCUACCUAAAUUUGUGUAAAAAUAUUUAAUUUUAAUUCAACAACUAUUAUCGAAUUUUUAAUUAUCAAUAUUUUAUUUAUAGAAAUUAUUAAUUGGAGUCCACAAAAUGUAUUUAUUAUGUAACCUAACAUAAUAAUGAUAAUUUAUGAUAUGUGGAUUGGCGACGUUAGAACUAUUUAAAAGCUUGUAUUAAAAUUUAACAAAAUUUAUUUUGGUGCCAAGAAAUAAAACUGAAGUCAUAUACUCAUUUCCGGUGCCUUAUAACUUGUAAAAUACGUACAAUACUGUAAAUGUAAAUCAUGUAAUUUAUAUUAUGAGCCUCUUAUCUAUUGUUAAUAUUAAGUAUUCAUCGAAUAUAAAUAAAUAUACAGAUUUUCUAUUUU